AUGGCUUCUGAGAGUGACGACAACUCUUUUAUCAGAAUUAUUCGAAUCAAGAGCGCGAAUGGUUCAGAGAAAACUCUUGAAAUUCCCGCUAAGCUUGAUUUGGAAAGACCAAAAAGACCAAGAACUGUAUUCACUGAUGAUCAAUUGGAGAAACUCGAAAAAGCGUUCACUGAUUCUGGAUACUUGAGUGGUGCUACAAGAGCAAAACUUGCUGAAUCCCUUGGUUUAAGUGACAACCAGGUCAAAGUAUGGUUUCAGAACCGGAGAACGAAACAGAAGAAAAUUGAAUCAAAAGAAUCAGUAAAACCUAUCCCUGAACCAACUAUUGAAAACUAUUCAAACUUCUCACUCAACUAUUGGACUGCCGCUGCAUUUCUCUCCAACAAUGUUAUCUCGUCAUAA